GUAAAAAUCUGAGACAAAAAUUGAAAAUCCAACAACAAUUGAGGGGCCACUAUUGUACUUUAUUCUUGCUAUAUAACUUAACGAAUAUCUGAAUAACUCAGUGUCUUCUCCUUCAAAUAACUUAACGAAUCUCUGUAUCUUCUUGUCAAACUCAGUCUCUUCUCCUUCAAACGUUAGGAUUUAAAAAUGGCUUGUGGUGCUAUGUGUCGUACUCCCAAUAUCAUCUCUCUUUCCGUUUCUUUAUUUCAUGGUAAGGGAUUUUAACAUCGCAGAGAAAGAAGAGGACAUUAGUUAUUAUGCAGGAUUUGUUGGAUCUGCAUAUAUGAUUGGACGAGCAUUGACAUCUAUUAUCUGGGGAGUGGUAGCGGAUAGAUAUGGUCGGAAACCAGUUAUUAUUCUAGGCACUUCAACAGUGGUUAUUUUCAACACAAUGUUCGGUUUUAGUGUCAACUAUUGUAUGGCUGUUAUUACACGGUUUCUUCUUGGCUUUUUGAAUGGCGUAUUAGGAACUAUAAAGGCAUAUGCAUGUGAACUUUUCCCCGAGGAACAUCAAGCUUUAGGAUUAUCAGCUACUAGUACAUCAUGGGGGAUAGGAUUGAUCUUUGGUCCAGCUUUGGGAGGUUUCCUUGCACAGCCUGCAGAGAAAUUUCCAAGUCUCGUAUCUUCAGAUUCUCUAUUUGGGAGGUUUCCAUACUUAUUGUCGUGUCUUUCCAUCUCCAUUUUCGCAUUUGUUGUGACCAUCGGUACAAUUUGGCUUCCGGAAACAUUGCAUAUUCAUAAAAAUAAUGAGUUGGAGUCUGCUUCCAAUGUACCUGAAGUUGAGGAAAAGACAAUUGAGAAAAAAGAUUCUACUUUAUUGAGCCUCUUUAAGAACUGGCCAUUAAUGUCUUCUAUCAUUGUCUAUUGUGUUUUCUCUCUUCAUGACAUGGCUUACACAGAGAUUUUUUCAUUAUGGGCCGAGAGCCCGAAGAGUUUGGGGGGACUAGGCUAUACUACUGAGGAUGUUGGCACGGUCCUAUCCGUCACAGGGAUGUGCAUUUUCCUUUCCCAGACUGCACUUUAUCCCAUUGCAGAGAGGAUAUUUGGGCCUAUCAUGGUAGCUCGGAUCUCAGGGGUUUUUUCUAUACCUCUACUUACAGCUUAUCCAUACAUAGCAUUGUUAUCUGGAUUCAUGCUCACCUUUACAUUAAACUUGGCAUCGAUUGUGAAGAACGUUUUAUCAAUCUCCAUCAUAACUGGGACAUUCAUGCUGCAAAAUAAAGCUGUGGAUCAACACCAAAGAGGUGCAGCAAAUGGUAUUGCAAUAACUUUGCAGUCAAUUGGCAAAGCGAUUGGUCCAGCAUGUGGAGGAGCCUUAUUGUCAUGGUCCUUGAAGAGACAACAUGCAUCAUUUCUUCCUGGGGCCCAAAUGAUAUUUUUCAUCUUGAAUGUAAUUGAAGGAAUUGGAGUUCUACUAACGUUUAAGCCGUUUUUGAUCACAAACCAUUACUAGUUAGCAACACUUGAAACUGGAUCCUAUUCUUUGGGAAGCCAAUGACUAUAUUCUAGUUGCCCAAAUGAUCUAGGUGAUCAUCUUUCGGUGGACUUUCAACAAAGGCAACCAUGUCUAGCAUCUAGCUUUUGUUAUGUUAAUUGUGUGCAAGUUAUUAAUUCCAUUCGUUUUUAGAAAGGUUAAACUAAUUGAAAGUAUAGAUGAAUUUAAAUUUGUAGACCGUGUUGUUUUGUGUGGCAUUGAUGGAAGCUAUUUGAUGAGUAUAAAGACAAGGGUCUUGUUUUUGUUGGAUUAUAUAUAGAACGUACCCGAUACUUGCAGUGAAUCGAAACCCCGGAUCUGAUUGGAGAGAUGAAGAACACUGAAAUUUAAACUUGGAUUCCUCUUGGAAUCGUGAUACACUUUUAGAUCAAACUAUUUAUUUAAACUGUUGAGGUGGCUCUUCUUGAUUUUAUUCGUAAUACCGCCAAA